GAGUCUGGUAAAAGUGAGAUCCGGUCCGAAUUCGAACCUUUGAAAGACAUCCCUACCGACCAACAACGCUCGCGGCAACGACAGUGAUACCCACGAGAAGUCUGUUUUCCCCCCACGACCACGAGCUUCUCGUUUUUUAUUAUGUUCUUGCAGAAGACACACCAGAUUGAACCUCCCAAGCUACCCUUCUUCUCAGCAACAUUCAUGGUGUCCCUUUACGUAGUUUACGCGAUCGUCUUCUAUUGGCUGCCAUGUUUCCUACGUUUUUCCCACCAUUAAGGCAUUUAAAUAAAGCCCACGAGCAGCCUCGUAGUCUCGACGCAGGGGAGCAACUCUCCUUGUGAGUCUUCGAAGAAGGAUGGCACCACAGGGUGAGUCUGCCCUUCACAGACCUCUCCUAGAAACCCCUGAUGAAGAUGAGAUCACUAGCGCAAAGCAGUUCUUCUCUCAGUAUGCCGCCGAGAGCAAGAAGCUGUGGUACUUGGCGGGGCCUGCCAUUUUCACAGCCGUUGCUCAGUACUCACUCGGUGCCAUCACUCAAGUCUUUGCUGGACAUCUCACCACUCUCGAACUCGACGCCGUCUCUACAGAGAACAUGGUUAUUGCGGGUCUGGCGUUUGGAAUUAUGAUAGGAAUGGGCAGUGCUUUGGAGACGCUCUGUGGGCAAGCUUAUGGAGCAAAUCAGCUCAGUAUGCUUGGUGUGUAUAUGCAGCGUUCCUGGGUCAUACUGAACACGACCUGUCUGAUCCUGCUCCCCAUCUACAUAUUUGCUUACCACAUUCUUCGAUUCUUUGGGGAAGAGGAAGAAAUCUCAAGGAUGGCGGCGAGGUUUGCCUUGUACAUGAUACCCCAACUCUUUGCUUAUGGCUGCAACUUCCCUCUACAGAAAUUUCUGCAGUCACAGAGCAAGGUCAUGACCAUGGCCUGGAUAUCAGGGGUGGCAAUGCUCUUCCACAUCUUUCUGAGUUGGUUGUUCAUAGUGCAGUUUCAGUGGGGACUGCCUGGAGCGGCAGCUUCACUGAACAUCUCAUGGUGGAUUGUGGUGCUGGGGCAGUUUAUCUACAUACUCUUGGGAUACUGCCCAGGCGCUUGGACAGGUUUUACAUGGGGUGCUUUUCGUGGUCUCGGCGCCUUUGCUCGGCUUUCGAUUGCUUCGGCCAUCAUGCUCUGCUUAGAGUUCUGGUACUACAUGCUAUUAGUCGUCUUGGCUGGACGGUUAAAGAAUGCUGAAGUAGCAGUAGCAGCUAUAUCCAUAUGCAUCAAUCUCAGUGGAUGGGAAAUCAUGAUAUUCCUGGGAUUCAAUGCAGCUAUAAGUGUGAGGAUCUCCAACGAGCUUGGUGCAGGGAGACCAAGGGCAGCGAAGUUCUCGAUAUUGGUGGUAGUGGUAUCUGCAGCAAGCAUUGGCAUCGCUUUCAUGGCGCUCGUAUUGAUUCUAAGAAAUGUAUACCCGAUUCCCUUCACUAACAGUAAGGAGGUGCAAGAGGUUGUCUCCAACCUUGCUGUCUUGUUCGCCUUGGCGUUGCUCCUCAAUAGUGUCCAACCAGUUCUUUCAGGUGUUGCCGUAGGAGCAGGUUGGCAGUGGUUGGUAGCGUAUAUAAACUUGGGCUGCUAUUACAUUGUUGGUCUUCCUCUUGGCUUCUUCUUGGGCUCCAAGUUGAACCUUGGAGUAAAGGGGAUAUGGAGUGGAAUGAUUACCGGUGUUGGUCUCCAAACACUUGUUUUGACAGGCAUUACAUUAGCAACGAACUGGAAAAAGGAGGCUGCACAAGCCGAAUCCCGGAUAAGGAAAUGGGGUGGAGUGGGCAUGUCAAAGAAUGAUGAAGAGAAUGGUACAGAAAACAACCACAAACCGUUCUUAGCUUAAGAUAUCGAACAGCUUUUCUGUGGUGGCCUCUAAUGAAGAAACAUUAUCUUGGUUCCUUCAUCGCUUAGACAGACCACUGCCCCAUAUGAAAGAAGAAGGCAUACGCAAAGAUGUACCAGUCUUCUCUUUUUGAUGUUAGAACCAAUAAAAAAAGGCGGAACCUCUCUCUCUCUCUCUCUCUCUCUCUCUCUCUCUCUCUCUCUCUCUCUCUCUCUCUCUCUCAUUCUUCUGAUGUAGCUUUAGAUCCCAUGAUCGUAGGAAGGUUUGCAUUUACUUCCACCUAGUCAGGUGGUUCAGAGUUUUUUACUUUAGCUGUGUGGCUCUUGCACCCGUUGUAAGUGAAGCUUGCAUUAAAUUGCUAUGAGGUACUGUACAACAUUCUUCAUCAAUACAAAUAUUUUCGU